UCAUUCCAUCCAGGUUCCUUUUUCCCCCCAUCUAAAGCCCCGCCUCCUGUAACUGACUGUCAAUUCGCACCACUGUUGUUGCAGCCAUUUUAAUCUACACUUCAGUUGUAACUACACCGACUGACGCUUGCUUAGGACCGUAGGAAGGGUGAAGAGAAAGACUGACCUCAGGAGCUCUCAAUGGUUUCAUCUGAAGGCAGAUGUCAUGAAUUACACAGAACCGGUUGUGGAGAAGGCCGUCAACUCCUGGUCCAGAAUAGCCUCAGCGGGACAGACUGUCCUUUUCGAGGCAUUACAGAUCCUAAACCCUAUGUCGAAAGAUCUUUCAGACACCGAGGAACUGGUAUCCUUUCUGCAAGGACUUAAGGAAGAGGGCCAUAAGCCCAAAGUGCUACGAAGCAAAGAUGUGUACGGUUACAGGUCAUGUACAGCGAAAACCCUCCCGGAAGACAUGUGCUCAAUGGACGUAGCCAGCAAGGGUCCAGGGCCAGGCAAGAAGAGGGGACGGAAGAGUAAGAAAAGAAAGAAAAAAAAGGAGUGUAACAAUUACGCAUCGUGGAGUAGUGCAAGUGCAUCAGAAUCUCACAAGAGAUCGGUCUUUUCCAGACCUCCGAUUCUGACUAUACAUCCUGCCCAGCUGCAGCAGCAGUACCUGAAGCUAACGAACAUUACAGGUUUAAUGAGAGGUCACACUGCGAGAAUGCAGAUUCACUCUCAACCUCCAACACUUUCAGGAAUACCGUUACUGCCGUCGCCGAACACUGGUAGAACACCUAAAGCUGUGGCCAUGGUUGGUCAAAGGUACUCCUGUCCGGAAUGGAACAGAGCCCUUAUCGGAGAUUCUGCCCCCGUGAUCUAUCAGAACGGCCGAGGAGUUUACAACUACAAGACUGACGUGUCAAACCACAGACGGUCCUGGACGGAUGACCAAUCUCUGUGGAUGAUGAACCGUCAGGAGGAGUGUCGGCUGGACGAGAACAGUUUGAGGUGGAAGGUGAUCAAAGUGGACGAUUGCGUCACGGUUGAGGAACUGAGGAGGAAGGCCCAGAGGAUCUUGCAGGUGAACCUGUCCCCUGUGAUACAGAUACGCCCGCUGUAUGAAACUCUAGCUGAAUACCAGCGUGAACGAUAUCUCCAGUAACUUCUUGGUUUGGGCCGAGCUAGCCUAGGGUCCAUUUUGCAACGAGGCUUAGCGAAGUCCACAGAGGUCUGUCUUUACUGUUGAAGCCAGAGGAAAAAAACACCAGGACGGCGUCAUCUGACUGACGACAGUAAAGGACAUUCCUUCAGCAGAGACGGGGGGGGGGGUAUGAUGUCACGACUACCGCGUCAACAAGACUGAAGGGCCUAACGUCGAUCAGAAGUUAUACACGGUGCUGAUUUCAGACACUCAAGCAUAGACAUUGCUGGUCAGAAUGUAAAUUUUUAUAUAUUUUUUUUGUUUGUUUUAACCAGCUUCUGUUUUGUACACUUGAGGAUGGACUGAUAGACUUGGUAAGCAGUGUCACGGCACACUGUAGGAUACAUUUUUUGGUUUGUUGCAAGAAUUUUUUUAGGUACAGUCUACAUGACAAUUUUUAAAACAAUUUUGGUCCCCUGAGAUUGUUGUAAAUGGGCAACCUUGUUUUUAGGGUUAUUGUUUUAGGUCUUCCUGUGGUUGGCCUACUGAGCCAUUAUCCCUUUAAUCUACUUUUGUGUUUCCUCUUUUAGGGAGUUUGAACUUUCGACAGCCUCAAAAUGUUUGCUGAAUGUAAGCACUUAAAUUGUAACAAUUCCAUUUGCAGGGCAGAGUUAAAAUGGCCUUAUUCUUUUCAGUAAACCUAACCCUUUUUGUAGUGACGGAUUUUUGUUUUCUCUGAGUAAAGAAUUUGAAACCACCCUAUUCUUGUAUUAUAAUUCUUUUAAACCUUGAUUUUGCCAAACUUUCCCAACGUCAUCCGUUUUGAAAAAGCAAACCGAUAUUAACUUUGACUCUGUCGUAGAUCGGGUGCAAACUGCCCAUCGGUGCUAACUGGUAAUCGGUGAAAAUGCAUAGUAAACUAAAUCUGUCCGGUUUUAUGUAGAAGUUGCCACAAUGUUUUGUGAUCUUUCAUUAGUUCAGUUGACUGGUUUCUGAUGCGCUUCUUCAACGUUGUAUUGUAGUGGCACAGUCAAUCAAGGGUACUUCACAGGGACUGUUAUCGGCUACGUCCCAAACAGCACCAUAUUCCCUUUACACUAGUAUAGGGAAUAGGGUCCAAUUUGAGACUCGCCCUUCAUGUUGGUUUAACCUUUUUUUGUUUUGUUGUGCCAAACAUGUCGUUGGUGCUCUCUGUUAAGCCACAUGAUACGAUUCACUGUUCUGAUUGGAUUAGCUGCCUCUUCAUCCCGCCUCAACUCUGGAUUUAAUUGGUGCAUCGUUUUUUUGUUGCCAAUUUCACCAUCCCAGAAAUUGCAAAAAAAAAUUAGGCCAAAACUACAGUCUAAUUUUAAUUAAGGAACUGGUUAAGUUGAAGGAUUUUUGUCAGGUUUAUUGUAAGGGAAAGUGAAGAGUUUUUUUUUGUUUGUUCAAAUUGCUUGAAUCGUCAUGUUGUAGCCCAAAAUCAGGGCCUUUUUUAAAUGGAUAAUUUGUUGCCAUAUGCUGAAAAUACCAUACAUAUUACUGAAUGGUUGUGUUCAAGCCAGGGACCAACCAGUCAUUGAGAUUGCCGAAGGGGAAGUUAAUAAGAGCAGAUUGGUAAAGGCUGUAACAUGUCUUUUCACCCCUUCUUGAUUUCAUUGUACCGGUAUGAAAUAAAAUCACGAGGUGAGCACGGCUGUCUCUUUAUAAAGCCUAGUUUAUGCUACGCAGAAACACAAUUAGUUACUUAAAAUGGCAUUACCUGAGUUUGCAGGGCUCCACAUGUUUGCCGAAGGACCCAGAAUGGCCAUUUUGCGUAAGGUAUACAUUAGGAUAGAGUCUAGAGUCCCCUGGUCACAUGAUGGUGAUCAAUUUAUACAGGUUCUCAACUAACUAUUUAUUUUGUAUCCUAACAGAUGUGUCCAUUUCUUGCAGUAUGUUGAUUUUUGGAGUCUUAUUGGAUAAUUUUCAGAAAUGGUUUAAUAAAAUAUCUUAAAGGACUAA